ACCUACAGCCCGUCAGCUAGGGCCACGCGCCUCGCGCCUUUUAAGGGCCGGCAGGCGCAAGUCGGCCAACGGCUCGUCACUUCACCAAUGACCGUGCUUCUCGCCUAUGGUUCCGCCCCCGCACGCCACAUCAGCCAAUCACUGGGGAGUUGUCCGCCCGCCCACUCGCCCGUAGGGCCACGCUUUUGGAUCACGCAGGCGCCCCGCGUAGCAAAAGCAGCCAGGAUGUAUUUUUAGCUCCCGUUUGAACAGUGUCUCUCCUUGGCUCCACCCCCUCUUAAUCCCCAAUAGAAGAUGGAGUUUCCAUUGCGUCAUCGCGCGGCAGUCUGGAAGCCGUCCAGUCAGAGCUCGGGAAAGACUGUCGUAAUUAAAAAGCGGCGGAAGUAGGUGGGAGGGUCAUGACGCAGCGAGUUUUGGUCGUGACUUUUCCGGGGGCCUUGGGGCGUCUCCGCUUUUUCCCUUUAAAGUAAAACGUUCCCCCGACGCACCCCCGCGCGUUCCGGGCUGGGAGGCGGUGGCGGGAGGCGGCGCAGACGCGGCCGCGCGCGGUCACGUGGGUGUGUUGUUGGGGGAGGGCCCGCGCGUUCGGUUCCGGGCGGUUGAGCGAGCUAGAGAACGAGCGAGCAAGAGGCAGCCGCGCCCGCCGCCGCGCUCUGUAUGCCGCGUUCCCCCGGCGCACCCGCCGCCGAUAGUCUGAGCCGGAGGAGUCGCCGCCGCUGCGGUUGAUGUGGUUGGGCCGGGGCUGACCAGGCUACCAAGAUGCCUCAGUCCAAGUCCCGGAAGAUCGCCAUCCUGGGCUAUCGGUCUGUGGGAAAGUCCUCAUUGACAAUUCAGUUUGUUGAAGGUCAAUUUGUUGAUUCCUACGAUCCAACCAUAGAAAACACAUUCACCAAGCUGAUCACAGUAAAUGGGCAAGAGUAUCAUCUUCAGCUUGUAGACACAGCAGGGCAGGAUGAAUAUUCCAUUUUUCCUCAGACAUACUCCAUAGAUAUUAAUGGUUAUAUUCUUGUGUAUUCUGUUACAUCAAUCAAAAGCUUUGAAGUAAUUAAAGUUAUCCACGGCAAGCUGUUGGACAUGGUGGGGAAAGUGCAGAUACCGAUUAUGUUGGUCGGAAAUAAGAAGGACCUGCAUAUGGAAAGGGUGAUCAGUUAUGAAGAAGGAAAGGCUUUGGCAGAAUCUUGGAAUGCAGCUUUUUUGGAAUCUUCUGCAAAAGAAAAUCAGACUGCUGUGGAUGUUUUUAGAAGGAUAAUUUUGGAAGCAGAAAAGAUUGACGGAGCGGCUUCACAAGGGAAGUCUUCGUGCUCAGUGAUGUGACGCGCCUGCUGCAGAGCCUGAGGACACUGCGAGUGUAUUCCACCUGAGGAAGCAAGCUGCCCGUCAUCCUUGAAGAUAAAACUAGGCUUCUGUUUUCUUCUGUUAACCUGAACGAUGUCAUUUGGGUCAGAGGUCCUCCCCUCUCAGAUUAUGUUAACGUCUGACUCUGUCCAAAUGAGUUCACUUCCAUUUUCAAAUUUUAAACAAUCAUAUUUUCAAUUUAUAUAUUGUAUUUCUUAAUAUUAUGACCAAGAAUUUUAUCGGCAUUAAUUUUUCAGUGUAGUUUGUUGUUUAAAAUAAUGUAAUCAUCAAAAUGAUACACGUUACACUACUAUUAGCUAGGCUUCAGUCUAUCAGUGUUUAUCUCCUUGUGUUAAAUGUAUACUUGUAAAUAAAGUAGCUGCAAACCUUA